UAUCAACAGAAAGACAAAACUAUUAAAAUUCGGGACAUUUAUUUUAAGAACUUUGAAUUCACUUGCAAAUAUGAGAGAAGAUAUUUUGAUAUCGGUAGUAACAUUGGUCAGUGGAACUGCUUCUGUUCUCGGAGGAGUGACCCUCAUUUUGUCACAUACUUUCAUCAAACGCUUCUAUUUCGUUCGUAUUCUGUUGAUAUACCUUUCAUUUGCAGACAUUUUGCAAGCGGGUGGAGCAGUUUUUGGAACCGCAAACUAUCUGACAUUAAGUGAACAAAAGAGAAUGGAUACAGAUUCACUUUGCAUUGUACAGAGUUUUAUAACAACAUUUUCUAGCGUUUCGUCAUUUAUUUGGACUUCUGUGAUUACAAUUCAUCUCUUUUUUUGUUUAAUGAAACAAAUUACGAGGAUUUCGAAGUACAUCAUCUUUUUAUAUCACGUUGCAGGAUGGAUAGUCCCAGUGAUUAUUUCUAUUGUUGCCCUUAUAUGUGGGAAGCUUGGACGUGGGACUUUCAAUAGGGGUACCAAAGACCAUGCAAUGAUAGGCAGUGGUCAGUGGUGCUGGAUUAAGGUGAAUGCAACCAAUAUCACCUCUGCAGAUACAACAUUCAUGUUCCUCGCUGGGAAGGGGUGGGAGUUUGCAACAUAUCUAAUAGCAGGAACGCUAUAUAUUAUACUUAUGGUGGAAAAUUUUCGACGGAGAAGGCGCAAUAUUCCUAGCCUUUGGAAUUCACAUAUCGUAGAGGAAGAUGAUGAACGGUUUUGUUAUACGCCUUUCAUACUGUAUCUUCUCAGGAUCUGGGGAUCAACGAGAUUCAUCUUCACCAUAAUCGGAGCCUAUACUAACCAAACUGUAAACAAAGUCGACUCCGUUCUGGUGUACUUUCAUUGCAUAGGAGACAGUUCCCAAGGCUUUGCAAAUUUUCUUCUUUUUUGUGUGUUUGAUAAAGGUUUCCGAAAAAAUAUCUAUCAAAGGUUUUAUAAAGAAGAGACAACACCUCUGAUACCCUAUGCAGAGAAAUAGGAUUUUGAAGCAAAAAGUUGAUGUUUAUGUGCUCUUUGUGUCACCAAAAAAUGCAAAAAUGUAUCAUUUUAGUCAAGCAAUUAUC